AUGUGCAGCAAAGUAAUCAAGCUCUUGGAAUGGCUGCCGUCCAUCAAGCAGAUGUCGGUAGUGGGCUACAGCGUGUCCCUGGCGACCCUCCUCAUCUCCUUCGUCAUCCUCGCCUCCCUCAGGAAAUUACGAUGUCCGAGGAACCUCCUGCACCUCCACCUCUUCGGGUCGUUCAUGCUGCGGGCGCUGGUGGUGCUGCUGAAGUCGUCGCUCCUGGUGGAAGGGACGGCUCUCCCGCAGAACUUCCACGUGCAAGAUGGCGUCCACACGUUCAACUCUUCGAGCGAGACUCAGAGCCACUUUGUAUGUUCCUUGAACAGCAGUCGGAAUGCACAAAGUUCCCGUGUUCCUCGUGCGAAUGUGAAGCAGGGACAAAGAAAACAUUGUGAGUCACAGCACAUCAAACUAACCCCUUUACCCUUUGGCCGCCAGACAUGGACGUGUAAACUCAUGAUCUGCGUGUGGCAGUACUUCAUCCUGGCCAACUACUCAUGGCUGCUCAUGGAGGGCCUCUACCUGCACAGCCUCAUCUUCAUGGCCCUCUUCACUGACUCCUCGGCCAUCACGCUCUACAUUCUACUUGGUUGGGGUCUCCCCCUCGGGUGCGUGGGCGUGUGGGCGGCACUGAGGGCCACGCUGGACGAUUGGCACUGCUGGACGGUGCACAACGAGCGGUGGAUUUUCUGGCUCUGCAUCAGGAUCCCUGUGGCCAUUUCCAACCUCAUCAACUUCUUCUUUUUCCUCAACGUCGUCAGAGUCCUCGUCCUCAAGCUCAAGUCGUCCAUUUCGGCGGAGUCCAUGAAGUACAGGAAACUCGGCAAGUCCACGCUUGUGUUGGUUCCUCUUUUCGGCGUCCACUAUUUCGUGCUGUGGGGACUCUCCACCUCCACCAACCCUUAUGUGGAGCUGGCCUGGCUCUUCCUCGACCAGGUCUUCGCUUCCUUCCAGGGUUUCUUCGUGGCCGUGCUGUACUGCCUCAUGAACGGCGAAGUGAGGCAGGAGUUGAGGAAGCUGUACAACCGGUGGUACAAGGGAGAUCCUCUCGUCAUCACUUCCCAGUCCACGCUCGUCUCCCACACGAAGACUUAUGCCAGGUAG